CUUACAAUGUUUUGGUUAUCUUAAGUUCAGGAGUUCACUUGUCUUUCUUCAAUCUUCAUUCUCUUUUCUUAUCUAAUUAGUUAUUUGUUAUGAGUUUUGUACCUUAUUAAAUGUAAAAAGGCCAAGGACCGAUCAUCUCAUAUCUAUUCAUGAUAAUCUUUAGUAAUAGUUUGUCUUUGGUUUGCAACUAUAGGUAAUCUUUGUCAUUCAUAGGAAGUGCUUUCCAAAACUUACAGUAGUUGUGAUGAGUGAUUAUUUACUAUUGAACGCUUUAUAUUUUAAUUAAUAAUUUCAUUUAUACGUUUUGAAUAACUGAAAUUGAGGAUACCUCUGUAAGUGUAAUCUACCAAUUUUUGUAAUGACGCCUGAUCAUGAACAAAUUAAAGUUCGAAGACGGACUAAGAGUGUUACAAGAGCUGAGGAAAUCAAAACUUUUGAAGCAAAAGUUAGAAAAUCUCAACCUGAUAGACCAUGCCACAGGCCGAGAGAUUCACUAUUUUCAUGGUCGUCAGGGUUCGGAGAUUUCAAUGGAUUCAUGAACUGGGGAUUUCUUCUCCUCUUCAUGGGAGGAGUGAGAUUACUUCUGGAGAACCUCAUCAAGUAUGGUAUUAGAGUAGAUCCUGAGCAAUGGUUGAUAGUAUUGACGGGAAGGCAAGAAGGAGGCCCUGAACAUCCUUCUAUCAUUCUCCUCAUUUACUCAAUAGUUCCAGUAACCAUUUGCCUUACCAUUGAAAGAGGUUUAUCGAAGCAUGUAAUAUCGUCCAGGUCUGGGCUGCUGGCUCACAUAGGAAACUUGGUUGUAAUGAUAUCAGUGCCAAUGAUAGUCAUCUAUGUCAAAUCAUCAGGCUUCAGUUUAAUUGGUGCGUCCUCAGUAUGUUUCUUAUAUUCUAUUCUUUUCCUGAAAAUGUGGUCGUACGUCCAAGUGAACUUCUGGUGCCGUAGUCGUCUCAUUCAAAAUGCAAAAGGGCAUUUGAGGAGACAAAGUAUGUCUUAUACGAAAAUGAGCAAUGGUGCUGUUCAUUCUUCAAGUGAUGGAAAGUCUGAUAAAGAGGAUGAUGUUGGCAAUUUGGUGCAAUACCCUGAUAACUUAACAUUCAAGGAUAUGAUGUAUUUCAUUUGUGCUCCUACUCUGUGCUACGAAUUGAACUUCCCAAGAACUGAAAGAAUAAGGAAAAGAUUCCUUUUGAAGAGACUAUUUGAGGUUCUGCUUCUACUUCAAGUUAUGAUGUCACUCUUUCAACAGUGGAUAAUACCGUCUGUUAAGAACUCAUUGAUACCAUUCUCAAACAUGGAUGCUGCCAAAGUCACCGAGAGAUUGCUCAAGUUAUCGAUUCCUAAUCACCUUGUGUGGCUCAUAUUCUUCUAUCUGAUGUUUCACUCGAGUUUGAAUCUGGUUGGAGAGCUGUUGCAUUUCGCUGACAGGAAUUUCUAUUCAGAUUGGUGGAAUGCCAACAACAUCGAUGUGUUCUGGAGAACUUGGAAUAUGCCGGCUCAUAAAUGGGCUGUCAGGCAUCUCUACAUUCCUCUUGUUGGCAUGGGCUACAGUAAAACAACAGCGAGCUGCAUGGUGUUUUUCAUCAGCGCUUUUUUCCACGAGUACCUUGUCAGUGUGCCUCUGCGCACAUUCAAGAUUUGGGCUUUCCUAGGAAUGAUGGGCCAGAUUCCACUGUCAGUUUUUUGCAAGUGGGUAGAGGAUCGGUUCGGACCAAGGUGGGGAAAUAUCAUAGUGUGGACAUCUUUGAUUCUCGGGCAACCUCUCUGCAUCAUGAUGUACUAUCACGAUUACGUCAUCACACAUUUUGGCGAAUCUCUCAUAGAACGAUACGGUAAAGUUUAAUUGUUCAAAAAUGAAUGCAAUCACUCCAUGUGCCUUUAUAAUUUUAUCAUUUCUAUACAUUUGGCGCUGAAAAAUUCCACAAAAUACUUAUGAUAAAGUAUUCCAAUCAACAUUAAAUUUGAGUCCUAUUUAUAAUAACAAGAAUCACAUUCCUGUUGAAUCGGUGCUUACUGAUUAAUCAUGCAUUCCAAAAAACUAUUUUAAAGCUCUUAAACAUUUUCCUUAUCAAAGGAAUGACAUUUUUGAAAAUAAUUUCGAAUUAUAAUCAAAUUAUAUUAUUUAUAUUCUAUUUGUUGGUGCCAUUCAGGAUAAAUCAUAUUUACCUUUAGGUUUAAAGCUUACCUUAGAUCAUAGUAACUAUAUGAACAUCACACAUUAUUUUAAACUAUGUUUUAGUUUUUUCUCUUUGAAAGAAUUAGAAAUGAAAUUGAGAAAGGAAUUGUCUCUAGAUGCAUUAUGUAAUCAAUUCAUAUUAUGUUCAGUAUGCUUAUUCAAUCAAGUAAGCAGAAGUAUGCUUAUUCAAUCAGAAGUGGUACUGUCUAUCUGUAAGUUAUCAAUGUGCUGCAAUAUUUUUUUUUAAUGUGAGAUAGGACGGUGAAGAUGGAUCCAGCACUUUCGAUUGUAUAGAGUACGUCUUAUAUUGCUGUAGCAUUUUCAGUAUAAAAUGAUGAUGUUUGAUGGAAAUGAUUAAUGUUUGAUGGAAGUCGAAUGAUUGUUGUUGAUUCCAUUUUACUCCACCAGUCAACUACUUACAUUUUAGUAGCAUAGAAUAUUCCAUCAAAAUAUUGAUUCAAAUCUUCAAUUCAAUAUUUAGUUCAAAAUAUCCAUUUGUAGUUUUCUAAUAAAAUUUAAAUAAUUCAAUAUCUUUACUUUCCAACUUUAGAUCAAGGAAAGUUAUUUUGAAGACACAAGUUUGAAACUAACAAUGGUCAUCACUUGACCAUCGUAUUGAAGCAGGAUGUAAUUCAAGGAAUAAGAGUACAGUUCGUUUCCGUAUUUUGGUAACACUGUUAUAUUAGAAGAUCAUAAUGAAGCCAAUAAAAUGCUACUUCGACACGUAAUUGAAAAAUGAGAAUCUCUCAAGUAAUUUUGUUGUUUUAACUUAUUCAUUUGUUUAUUUCAAAUAUUCAAUGCAAGUUUUUUAAACAUAUUGUCUUCCUUGAUAUUGGUGUAACUUGUAAGACUGAAUAAUAUUCUUAAUGUUUAUAUUUUGUUGAGCAAUAUCAGUUGGUAAUGAGGUGCUAGUGUGGUGUAUUCGUAUUGAUGAUACGAUAUUUUCGUGAGUAGAAACUGAAUGUAGUAACUGUUUUUCAAUUUUGUAUAUUUAUCAAAUCCCUUCUAUAUGAUACCUGUCGUUGAACUCCCAAUCAACUUCUUUGGGAUUCAAAUAAAUGAAAAUAUAUUAUACACUUACGAAGAAAUAUAUUAUUGAUGUAGUUCAGUAGAAUGGAAAAUGUUUGUAGUAAUAAUCAUAUGUAUCGAUAUUUUCUAGCAUGUUAACCAUUUUAUAUUAACAUUUGAAGGGUUAUGUAGUAUAUUGUAGAAUAUUUUUAUGAAAAAAUUGUUCAUCACAUUUACAUUUUAUUGACUGCUCAUGAGAGCAUUAAUUUGUUUCAUAAGAGAUUAUGUUGUAAGAUUUAUAUAUUUUGUAUGCAUCCAAUGAGAAAGAAUUGUUGAAUUAAUGUAUUGUUACAACUAGUGUUUUUGUUAGAAAUAAAAUAGUUAAUAUAAAACA